CGUCGACCCAUAAUAAAACAUAAUACGACCUGUAGUAAGUGGUUAGGACAUGCUCAAAAGUCAUAUAGUAAGUCGUUAGGAGUUGACCUUGAAUGAGUUUAUAAAGACAUAUAGUGUGCCAUUAAUUUGCUAGCGCUAUGAGUGAUUCCAAAGCUAAAGCACAGCCACAACCCAGUGUCUUUGUCCCGGCAGAUGUCGACACAACCGCUUAUGAAAAAAGACUACAGCAGAUCAAGAAGGAUCUGAAGUCCAUUGCAAGUUUAGGCACUCGAUACGAGCGCAAUGUAGCCCGCCGAGAGGUAUGGCGUGACAACGAGUUGCUGCUUAUGGAUCUAGAGGAUGCCAAAGUAGUCGAGGAAGCAAAGACUGACAGCAAGUGGCAAAAAGAAAACCAAGAGCUACGCGAUCAACUGACAAUUGAACCAGUUGAGGUCGCUAAAACUCCGUUGAGCAGCGUGUUGGAGAAACUGCGGUACCUGGCCCUGUUGAUCUGGUUUUUUGGUGGGCUGUGGAUUAUCUUCCUGUCGUCGCCUCUGCGAUGGUGCCACCCUGCACUCCGCCGACUGGGAAUACCGAACGAUUUUCUACCAAUAGAUAUUAUGACGAAAAUUCACGCCAAGGGGCUCAUCAAAUGCACGGGUGUGAUUCCCUCGGUACAAGGAGCGGAAGAAAGAGAAUAUCCUCCCGCCCAGCCCUAUCUCACGAUGUUCGCGCAUCCCUCUAACCUAGAUCCUAUUGUUUUGCUCGGGACGUCGCCUGUUAUACACAAGGCAAUCGGCAAACAGUCCUUGUUCUUGACUCCAAUAAUAGGAUGGGCGAUGCGGUUCGCAAUGGGUAGUGUCCCAGUUGACAGGGGUUCGCUGAAGAAGGCAAAGCAGCAGCUGGAUCGGCUCAAGAUCUCUAUGCAGCGAUGGGGUAGAUGCCUGAUGAUCUCACCCGAGGGCACUCGCCAACCACAGGGCCAGCUACAGCCAUUCAAGAAGGGGCCUUUCCACCUACAACACGAUCUCAAUUGUGCGAUUUCGCCCGUGAUUCAUUUUGGCCCAUUUGAGCUAUGGCCUCGGUCCAGAAAGUUGAGUGCACCUGGACAUGUGAUUAUCAGGUAUCUACCGCUGUAUUAUCCAAAAAAGGGGGCCGAUCACAACCAGGUUCGACGAUCCCUACGAAGAUACAUGCUGGAAGAAUCGUGCAAAGACACUCCGAAAGAUGCAGGACAGCCGCUCUCAGACAGUGAAACAAUCCAAGCAUACGUGUUUCUCGUGUUCGUUUUCAUCUUUGGUAUUGUGGAACUCUGGGGUACCUACAGUCUAGGGUGCCUGAUGUUCCACGGUUGGUCUGUGCUUGCUAUCUGCAUAUUCUUGAGCGCUGCCUUCGUUGGCUUAGAAUUGGCGGUGUUCUAUGGCUUGUCGCUACCAACCAGCGGAGAUAUCAUUGACAGACUUACGGGACAUACGCCUGCAGCUGUGAAAGAAAUAUGAGAAGUACAGGGAGUAGGAUUAGAAUAGCAUAUAGUCUUGUAAUGUUCAGUAAAAGCUGCCGAAUAGCAAUUUCUUGCAAAAAUUGAG